GGGGCGGGGCUUCGCGUCGGCUCCGCCCAUCCCUCUCGGUUGUCAUAGUGAGGCCGCAUCCACCGAGACUCCGGAUCCCAACGUCUGGAAACUAUUAAAGAAGCAGCCGCCAUGCAGUACACGGGGAGCAAAUAUAUCGGGGAAUAUAUAGAUGGGAGGAUGGAGGGCAAAGCUGAAUACAUCCUCCCUACUGAAACAAGAUAUGUUGGGGAAAUGAAGGAUGGCAUGUUUCAUGGUGAAGGAACCCUGUACUUCCCCAGCGGGAGCCGAUACGACGCCAUCUGGGAAAAGGGAUUGGUCGUAAAGGGCACGUACACCUUCGAGGACGGGCUGCAGUACGAAGCGAAGCACUGGCAUUACUGCGACGGCUACGAUCGGAGGUUUUACACCGAGAUCUGCCAUGGCUUGAAGCCUACAGGUAUCUCUCAACUCUCCAAUAUGGACCCACCUAGAAAAAUCCCCAAGGGCUCUUAUGACUGUGGAGACGGCUUCUACAACCCGAUCACCAGGAUCGUCAAGGACUACAAGGGUCGCUUCCUGAGGAAUGCAGAUGAUGACGAGCAUGAGUGGAUCGUCCGUACCUGUCGGAAGGGCUGGGACGAGAUCGUGGGUCCCAGGCCCAAGCAGGGACCGCGGCAGCUGCCUCCACCCCACCCAAGCACUGGCUAGCCCCGGGGUUGGGGGCCGGGUGUGUGUAUGUGUAGUUCUAGAACCUGGCUUUUGACUCAGGAAUAAAGAAAGGCUUUCUGCA